AUGAUUGAUAUCAUUAAAAAUAAGUAGAUUAAUUUGGUACAUGAUUAUUAAUUGAUCAACUCUAUUAUUAUCAAUGAUCGACAAAGAUUUCGAUAAGUAUAUUUUCAAUUUCUACAUAAUGCUGUUAAAUACACUACUACAGGUACAAUUCGCAUCAAAAUUGAAACUAAUAGAUCAUAAUGUUAAAUAUCUAUCUAAGAUUCUGGACCUGGAUUAGUAUUAUAAUAUUUAUUAUUCAAUAUAGUCUGAAGAAGAGAUGGCCAGAAUGUAGAAUAUUCUUAUUGGAAAGAAUCAAUUUGUAAAGAUUUCACCUCAUUCAGUUGGAAGUGGUUUGGGAAUUGGCAUUUCAAAUAGUAUCAUUAAACGAUUGAAUGGUCGAAAUAUUCCAAUUAUUUGUGAUUAAAAGGAAAAGGGAACUAUCUUUACAUUCUUAAUCAAGAACCAUCUGCAUGAAAUUAGCAAUUACGAUAAUAAGAAAUCUAUAGAACUCAGAUCAAGUAGAUCCAUCAUUAGACUUAUUUCUGGUAAUUCAUAUAUUGAGUCACCUUUCAGUAAUUCAGUUAAAUUCAUACUCCCAUCUAUCAGUCAAAGCAGUGAUUCAGUAAAUUAUAAGAAUUCAAUUGUUGAAGAUGACAAUGUUCUCAGAUAACCUAAAUUACUCUUAGUCUAGGAUCAAGGAUCGGUACCUAUCAGUGAGGACGAAUUCUUAAUUAUUUAAGAGCCACGUAAUCUCAGUCCAAAAUUUCAAUAUGAAAUUAUUGAAUGCUCCAUUCAAAGUAAUUGUUGUGCAAGAGUUUUGAUUGUUGAUGAUGAGUAUUUUAACAUUUUAAGUCUCCAACUCUUAAUGCAAAAACAUAGAGCUAAAUGUGACUAUGCAUAUAAUGGAAAAGAAGCACUUAAUAAGAUUAUGUAAAAAUUGGAAAUAGGGUGUCAUAUUUGUUAGAACAAAUAUUACAGUCUCAUUUUUAUUGACAUCAACAUGCCCAUUUUGAAUGGAUAUCAGACAGUCAAGGAAAUCAAGAGUUUAAUCAAGAACAAAACCAUCAGAAGAGCAUGGUGUGUUGCCAAUACAGGAUUUACAGAUCUUGAUACUAAGAUAUAGUCAUUCAAUUCUGGAAUGGACUACUUUCUCACUAAACCAUUAGAUGCAAAAAACCUUCAUGAAUUAAUUGUUUAAAUGUUUCCUCUACAUAAAUGA